UCAUUGCACAUCUUGUCCUCAUACCUCUCCUUUCCAACACCUAAUUAAUGGCGCGCCCAUACGUGCCUGAUGCUGGCUCCAAACCCCGACCCUUUUCAUCCCUCCCUCCCUCCCUCGUCGUCUCCUGACUUUGCUCGCCGGCCGCCCCGCCCACACCCUCCUCCUGCGCUACCACUGUCAGCAAGUGCACACCCUUCGAGGACAGCUGCUGUCGCCGCCAAGGCCGCAACCGGCCGUCGCUCCAUGCUGCGGUAGAAUUUAGAAACGAGAAGGGAGAUGGCGGCCGAGGCGCUGGGGUUCAUGGCGCGGGGAGCCAACGGUGGGAGGGCGGCGGAGCUCGUCACAAGGGACUUUCUCGGCGGGUGCGCCGCCACCGGCGACGCCAGGGACGCGUCCGCCAGGAAUGGCACCGUGCCCGGGAGGGUGCCUCAGCAGAAGCACGCGUGCCCGCCAACGCCGAUGGACCUCAACCUGUUCCCGAUCGCGGCGGCGACGAAGCCCUGCGCCCUGACGCCGUCGCCGUCGCCGUCGCCAGCGCCAGCGCCAGCCUCCGCGGGCGGCGCCGGCGCCGGCGCCACGACGACGUACCGCAGCGUGUGCACCAUCGAGAAGGUGAAGACGGCCCUGGAGCGGUUCGAGCGCGGCAGGCAGCAACAGCCCUCCCAUCCGCACCACAACCACCCCCAGCAGCAGCAGCAGCACAGCGGCGCGGGCGCCUCCCCGUCGUCGUCGACCGUGACCACGUCCUCCGUGAAGCGGCGCGGCGGCGGCGUGGAGCAGGGCGACGACUGCGACUCGCCCUCCGGCGGCGGCGGGAUGGUGGCCGCGGCGUGCCCCAGGUGCUUCCUGUACGUGCUCAUCUCCCGGAGCGACCCGCGGUGCCCGCGGUGCGAGUCCCACGUCCCGGCGCCGGCCGUGAGCAAGAAGCCGCGGAUCGACCUCAACGUCGGCUACCUCGGCACCUAAUUUCUUGUUU